UAAAAACACCAUUAUGUCCAAUAUGAUUUAAUUAAAAGACCAUUUAUAACCAGCACAAUGCAACUUGCGUCUUUUUAGCCAAUGAUUUUGUAAGGCACAUUCUGAGGCAGAGUGAGUUUGACCAAUCAUGUUACAGAUAGGCUUUCUUCAGACAUUUCACCAUGAAAUAACGGAUGACCUUGACUAAAUUCAUUAAAGUUGUUGACAUCUUGAAUGGCUGGGAUCCAUGUUAAGUCUGUCUCUACAUUCAUUAUGGGGAGGAACCAUGAUCUCAAAGACUCUUCGGUCCUCCUUUUUUGGUUAUCUACAGGAGGACAAGCAGGGGCAAACCACAACAAAUUUCUUGCAUCUUUUUUGCAGUAACCCAUAGGAAAGUACUGUACGCCUGUAAGUGGGCAGAAUGUUAGAACAUAACUACACAGAUGUACAUGCUCUGCUGGUGUCCUGGUUGAAUCAGUAUUUUAACAGGACAUGGACAGCAAUAGCAGGACCGUAUGUAUCCCCACACCAGCCAUCAGUGCAUGUGAGCUGGUCUCCAGUUCGAGAUGAGGGUUAUGGCAUGAUCUACAUCUGUCUGAUGGUGGGCCUCUUUAGUUUCUUCACCUUUGGCAUCAUGUUCAGCUACAUUCGCUCGAAGAAGGUGGAGAACUCGCAGGAUCCAUAUCAUCAGUACAUAGCUAAAGACUGGGCCAGUCUAGCAUCUACUGUGGUCAUCAGUAACCCAUCUGCUCUUGGACGCCUUCCAGGAUACAGCGGAAGAGAUCAGGAAUGGGACUAGAUUACUGUCUGUGACAUCUGAAUCACAUAAUAGUCUUUUUGAACGAUGUUAUUGUUGUGUGAUGUAAUCUGUUAGUCUUGUUUGAAAUAAAUGAUAAACAAUUGAAUUUUACAGUCU